AUGACAGCAGCAUCCAGAGCGGAGACGGGGAGAGUUGUGCAGCGUGACAUGGAUGACAUAGCAAAAGAGUGUGGUCAGGAAAAAGAAGCCACAAUACUGAAGGAUAUAGAAGAGUGCAGAAAGAGGGACACGGAUAUAACAGAAUCACCCGUUGGAAAGCCAUGGAGAAACCCUGGUGCAAACAUUACAGAUUACUUCAACUAUGGCUUCACUGAGGAGUCUUGGGAGGCUUACUGCAAAAAACGGAAAGAAAUGAAAAAGGCUAUAAAAAAGAUGGUGGACAGAGACAGACGAAAUCAAGAGAAGCAUAAUCGACCUUCCACUGCCUCUGACAUAUGCCGUUUAUUUCCCAGGCUGAAGAUGCCUGGUCUAUGUCUGGCCUGCAGUCGUCAUGACUCAAGAAAAAGUUCAAACCAGGAUCUGAGGAUCAACCAGAGCAGAAAGGCUUCAUCAUCUGCAGAGGACAGAGCUACUCGUCUGUUCCCUUCACUUGGUUCCAUGUGUCCCCCUGAUCUCUAUUCAAGAAGACCCGCACUAAGACCACUUGAGAGUGUGAACAGCCGCGUCAGGAGCCGGCACCGCAUGGAGAGCAGGGAAGAGCAGCAUAAAGAAAAUGAGCAGAGGAGAAGGAACUACAAGGCUACAACCAGCAGCAACACCGGGCACAAAAAAGUGAGGCGGGAUAAGGAGCGGGACAGACGUAUAAGAAAGGAGACCAGAGAUGGAACAAAGGGAAGGAGACAGUCAAGGAGACAUCCCCUGCCCUAG